UGGCGGCAGCGGCGCCGCGCGCGUUUCAGCCACUCAAGACUCAAACUCGAGCCCAGGCGCCCCAGGCCCCAGCCGCCCCAGGCCCAGUCGGCAUCAUGCGUCGGCGACGUACGUCUCGAAUGCCUCGAUACGCGAUACGCGGUGAUCGCGCGUGAGCUAUUGUCCGGAUUGCCUGUGCUCGGAUGACCUGGUGGUAGACCUGGUGGCGAUCUUCCCCUCGCGCUCGUAUGGCCGUGGGAGAUCCUAUGCUGGGUAUGAUCAUUUUGUGGAAUGUAUACAUGACUAAAAUAACGUGAGAAAAAUGGUAAGCAACUUACCACAAGAAUUCAAGAGGUAUCAGCGGAACAGGAAUCAGCUAUGUCAUAUACUUGAGGAGACACAGCGUACACUAGAAGUCAUAAAACUCGAAAACUUUUUCCCUGGAGAGAAUAUUAUCGAGGAACUAUUACCUCCGCUGACCUUGGAUAGAAUAACACACAUCCUUGAUAAUUUCCCUGCAAUAGUCAUUUUUGGGCAGGACAACAAAGCCAAAGCCUCACUGGUUAAUAAUUUGCUCUGCGCUGAUAUUUUGCCACUAUCCAAUGACACAUGGAGAUGGAUCAAAAUUACUUAUGGUCAUACAAAUCAUGUCAGUCUUACAUUAGGUUUAGAAUACGAAGUAGUCGAGACGCUACAGGCAAACGAAAAGUCAUGGAGCACGCUCCCUCUCGAAGAUCUGGAAAAAUCGACAAACGAAGAUAUCAAUUGUCCUACAGUGCUGGAAGUGAAGUUAGAUCAAGCGAUACUGAAGGAAGGCGUUCAAAUAUUUGUUGUCCCUAACAGUGAUGUAGUAAAAAUUCUCGCUAAAGGCUUACUGAAAAUUUUACCUAUAUUUCUUUAUGCUCUCGGAGAGCACCCAUUGACCGAGGAAAAUUUGGAAGAAUUGAGAGAUUUGAAAGAUACUUAUCCAUAUAAUCCGAUUUUAUUCAUAUCAUCAUUACCUAACGUUCUGUUGGACGGCACAGAUGCAGAAUUGACUGAGUCUGAGCAGCAUAGUCUGCAAAAUCGUAUAGAAGUGCCGAACGUAUCCAAGGAGUCUAAGAGUGAUGAUAGUAUUAAUAUUGACAAAAUGAAUUCACUCGGUCUAACGUGGUUAGAUCAGUUGAGCAAUUUAGGGUUCCUAGGGAUGGAAGAGUCCGUAGAGGUUCAUCAAUUAACGUGGCUUGUCGGCGAGCGAUACGUUAAUAACUCGAGUGAUCUAGUGGAUUCAUGCAAAAAAACGGACCGCGUUCUUCACUUUACGCGUGCCUGCUUGCAAAGCUACCUGAUCAAUGCAAGCACUUAUUUGAAUGAGAUACACACGACCAGUUUACGUAAAUUUAUUUUAAGUGCGUUUGACAUGGCACGAAAGAUACAGAUCACUCCUAGAAGGAUACAGUACGCCCAACAGAAGGAAAAUGAACUUUAUGCUAGUCUAAUGAAGGUUGUUAAUGAGCAACAGGUGGAAUUAACUGAGUUAAUACAAUGUAUUAUUCAGGAGAUGAAGGACGAUAUAUUAGAUUCUACUGGUGAUAUUUUCCCAUAUCAGACCGUUUCUUUCGAUAACGGUGAACGAACAGAGUGGACAGUUACUGUUCGCGUCGCAACAUCGGAAGUUCAACGAUUCGUGCUAGGCCGUUUGGGCGAGAAAGUAGCAAAAGAACUCGUAAACUCGGUCAACUGUCUUCGAGAAACUUUUAUCGGGACUCUUCAACGUUGCUUAAUAAGUCUCGAAAAGACUUACGAACACGAUAGUAGCUUGUUGGCUAGCGAUGCCUUGAAGCAAAUACUCUCCGCGGCGUACAAUGUGGAAUUGCAUAAUUCGUCGCCAUCGUUGGUGCAUUCGUUCUUGGAAAGAUUGAGACAGCUCUUCAAGUCGUUACCGCUGCCAUGGACACCCACUCCGACUUUGAACGCGGCUUGGAGGCGGAAGGUUACUAUUGAUAUUCUCAAUUCCUUGUCGGCAGCGAGACUUGCAAAAACAAUUUCCACACAGUUUAGAGAUAAACUGAAAUCAUCACAUGACGCUUUUCAAACUGCCUUGAAGUCUCUGGAGAACUAUUAUUCAGGGAAGCUAGAAAGGACCGAGGAGCAAAGGAUAGCUAUACGAAAGUAUUAUGCGCCUAAGCUAGCUAAACUCGCGUUGGAAUCCACGUCGAUGAUGGAUGCGAUUCGCUUUGGCAUUCCUCAUUACACCAAGGAGAUUGGCAGAGGACAGUAUGGUGUGGUGUUUGCUUGCGAUGGUUGGGGCGGAGCACCGGGACCGUGCGCGGUAAAAUCCGUUGUUCCUCCGGACGAGAGGCAUUGGAACGAUCUUGCGAUGGAGGUUUACUAUACCAGGUCAAUACCAGAUCACAAAAGGAUAGUGAAACUUCGCGGAUCUGUUAUCGACCAAUCGUACGGCGGAGGAUUCGGAUUGGGCACUGCAGUUCUCUUAAUCACCGAUCGAUUAUGUCGUGAUUUAUAUUGUGGUAUACAUGCUGGUCUCUUGUGGCUGGAGCGUAUACAAAUAGCGAUAGACGUGCUAGAGGGAAUACGCUAUCUUCAUUCACAAGGCUUGGUUCAUCGUGAUAUCAAACUAAAGAAUGUCUUACUUGAUAUGGAAAACAGGGCUAAAUUAACCGAUCUCGGAUUUUGUAUUACCGAAGCUAUGAUGUCAGGCAGCAUCGUAGGAACGCCAAUCCACAUGGCACCAGAACUCCUAUCUGGCCAUUACGAUAGCAGUGUCGAUGUCUAUGCCUUUGGCAUCUUGUUUUGGUACAUAUGUGCUGGGAAGGUUCGAUUACCGUAUGCAUUUGAACAAUUUCAUAACAAGGAACAAUUAUGGACAAGCGUACGAAAAGGUCUUAGGCCUGAGAGACUGCCACAGUUUGAUGAAGAGUGUUGGACGUUAAUGGAACAAUGUUGGUCUGCAGAACCGUCCAAACGACCGUUGCUCGGUGCAAUUCAACCAGUGUUAGAAUCCAUUCAGGAAAAAGCAGAAAGAGGCAAGUCCUUGCAACUAGGUGCACUGAAACCACAAGAGAGCUCAUCAUCCGAACAAGCAAAUCCCGCAAUAGCAUUAGCAGAACCUAAUAAUCAAAGAGGUGCUGUAUUCAGUCCACUUCCUGCUAGACGCAAGGCAUUUAGAACUGUCAAUCCUGUUGUAGGACCUUUUCACAAGACCAAAUUUUUUCAAACGGGUAUCUACUCUAACAUGUUCGUUCAAAUGCGUGAAUUUUAAAAAUACCAAGGGACCGAAUAUAUUGUACUAUUACUCUGUUAAAAAUAGCUUAUUGAUAUAUUUAUUGCUUGGAAUGCGCUUGAUACACGGCUCAUCAUUCUCAUUUUCGCUAAUUUGAUUCUUAAUAGUAUUUUAUAGCACAGUAUUAAAGUGACGAACUUUAUAUCUGAGUUACUUCAUUUUUUACACAAUAUAACAAUUUUCUAUUUUUUAAAUAAAAUUAUAUUGUUGGUAUAUAAAAUAUGUGUACUAGAAUCAAAUCUAAAAUAACUGGGCCAAAGUCAUUCCAAAUAAAAUAUGUAAAAUGCAUAUAAUAAAUAUUAAACAUUUACACUUACGAUAUUUUAUAGUCUUGUUAUAGAAGUUUUUGCAGGUUUUAUAGUAUAUAAGCAUCUGAUAAUAAUGUUUUUAUUGUUAACUAACAAAAUAUGUUGAAACUUUUCUUUUUUAUAUUUAUUGCCACAAAAUAUAACAUUUUGAUUGUUGAAUUAUUUCUUAAUGUUCUUAAUUGUGAUGACUACAUGAUUUUGUUAAAUCGAAAAUAUGAAUGAACAACCACGAAUGUAUAUUGUUCAAAAAUAAAUAAAGUUUCUCACUUUUGUAUUUGCUGUUGACACACUCAUUUUGUUUCUUAUAAAACCUAUCGCACUUAUUUUUUUAUACAUAUCUACAGACAAUAUGCACAGUCGUUACUUCGCAAAUAGAAAUCUUUAUACUUAACUAUACAAAAUUUAUUUUAUAUUGCUUUCAGAUCAUACAUUCUUCACGACCAAGCCUGCAUGAAAAUCGAGAUAUUUGGCAUGCAGCAUGGAUAUUGAUAAUACAGUUGUUUCAAGGGAAUAUAAUGAAUUGUAUAAUAUUUUUAUUACUCGAUAAAGUAUGAAGAUAUAAAGUCUGUAUAUACUUAAAAAAAAAAUGGAGGAAAAGUAAUUUUAUAAGAUAAUUAUUAGUCACCCAAUCUUUCGAUUAAGUUUUAAUCAAAUAUUUAUAACAGUUGAUAUAUGUUUACAGAGAGAACAUUUGUUUAAAAAAUUCUUAUCAAUAUAAUUUAAUUGACCAUUAUUUAUACAUGUAUUGUUAAUAUAAUAGGAUCCAUGAGUUAAUUUUUACAUCAUAAACAAAAAAAUACACACAAAUCUAAUGUAGUUAUUAAAGUUGAUCAACUUUUUUGUUAAAAAUUAUUAAAGCUCUUUUAUUUAAUUAUUUAUUGUAUCAAAAAUUUAUAUUUUUAAAAUAUAUAUAAGAGGCAUGAGACCAAACUGAAAACAUAAAAAUGGAAAUUUUUUAAUGAAUAAAAUUAGAUUGCACACAAUCUUCAUACAAUUAUACACACACACACACGCACACAGACACACUUUCACAAAUACAACAUCAGAAAAUUGGAAUUAUUCAAUUUUUAUAAAAUAAAUUUUUAUGUAAAAUGUUUUUGUUUUUGCUUCAAAGCUGUAGUUUGAUUCACUCAAGCAUUCUAUAUAUGAUGAAAAUUAAUAAAUAGAAAAUCUGAAUAAUA